GCCGGGGGCGAGAGCAGGGCGGCGGCGAGGCAGCCGUCGGCGAAGCGGCGGCCGACGCAGUCGUCGCCGCGGGCCCAGGAGGCGGGCCCCGGGCAGCCGCCGCCGGAGCUGCCUCUGCUCCCGCCGCCGCCGCCGCCGCCGCCCCCCCCCGCCUCGCCCGCUGCCUCGCUGCCCGACCUGGGCGACCAGCGGGAGCGCUGGGAGACGUUCCAGAAGCGACAGAGGCUCACCUUCGAGGGCGCCGCCAAGCUGCUGCUGGACACCUUCGAAUACCAGGGCCUGGUGAAACACACCGGAGGCUGCCACUGUGGGGCGGUUCGUUUUGAAGUUUGGGCCUCGGCGGACUUGCACAUCUUUGACUGCAACUGCAGCAUUUGCAAGAAGAAACAGAAUAGACACUUCAUUGUCCCAGCUUCUCGCUUCAAGCUCCUGAAGGUUAGUGCUAAGAGCAGGUGGGAGGAGCCCCUGACUCCCGGCGGGUCCCCUGUGGAGUGCGAGACUCGGGGAGCACAGCAGGACCUCUUCAGGGGGCCUUCAUGUUCCUUGUCACCCCAGGUUUCACGUCCUGCUGGAGGCUGUGGCCCCAGUUCAGCUUCGUCCCUGAGCACCUGUGACAGAUGGUUCCCGAAGGCGUCAGCAGGUGAAGGAGCGGACCCAGAUGGCAUCAGGGACAGAAACGGGACCAGACAAGGAGACACUGUGAAGGCCGUGGAGGGUUUCGAGCAGGGUGGUGACAAGGCCCGCUUGGACGAUUUCAAAGCUCGCUUUGGCUGCUGUGUGGGGAAUGGAUUCCACCGCUUCAGGGGAAGGGUGAACGGGGUUAGACAAAGGGUGGACGUGGAGAAGGGGGAAAGAGGCAUCCGAGUCACAUCCACGCUGUGGGCCGCGAGCAGCAGCGCGGCGAUGGCGAGGCCAGCUCCCGGGGGAGGAGCAGGCGUGCGAGAGCGCUGGCCGCGGGGGUUCUUUCUCGGAAAAGUCCCAACUGAGGACGGGGUGGACGUUCACCGAGACGGAGAUGGAAGUGGGCAGCUGGCUCCCGUUUGUUCCUCAUCUGUCCCGUGGAGAGGCCUUCCUGCCUGCCUUAAUCAAGAAAGGCUUUCGGAAGGUACAAGAUCCUAUAAAGGAAUCGCCCCCCAUUGCCUAGAUGAGGGCACCGUGCGGAGUGUGGUCAUUGAGGAAUUCAAUGGCACCGAUUGGGAAAAGGCCAUGAAGGAGCACAAGACCAUCAAGAACAUGUCUAAAGAGUGA